ACAGCCCCCUUUACCAGGAACACCUUAUUCCUGUCCAGUAAGGACGUCCUACUAACAUGCCAGCCCUAUCCUGCGAGUGAGGAAAUUUCACUUCUAACCGGGUUACAACAGUCUUGUUCUGCGAGGAGUGGAGAUACACUGUAUCUAUACAGGUGUAGCCCAGACAUCCCCUUUUUGGACACCUGCAUCUUCUAAAGCCACCCUGGUGUGACCGGUGAGCAGAGAUCAUCCCCGUGGGCACCCCUUCCUACAGAUACACCUUCUGUUCAGUGAUUACUCUCAUCCAAACAAGGGAUCAUUUCUAUUAAUCCAGCACCGAAACUCCUAAGGGACACCAGUUUCCCCAAAACAAGCCCGUUGGAUUUAGGGUAUCAUCUGUUUCCUCACCCUGGGACUCCACUUUCUUGCUCUCAUGAGUGUGAACUCACUCCAGACUCAGUGCUUUAUGGUGAAUGAUUCUGAACAUGCCACGCAGUCCCACUUCCAGUGAAGAUGAGAUGGCGCAGAGUUUUUCAGACUACUCAAUGGAAUCUGAAUCUGACAGUUCGAAAGAGGAGACCAUCUAUGAUACCAUCCGAGCCACUGCGGAGCGGCCCACCAGUCGGCUAGAAGAUAUACAGACCAAUACUAUGGUCAUCAGAAUCGUCAUCCCAGACCUUCAGCAAACUAAAUGUGUCCGGUUUAACCCCAAUGCUACAGUCUGGGUAGCAAAACAGCGGAUCCUGUGUACACUCAACCAGAGUUUGAAGGAUGUUCUCAACUAUGGCCUGUACCAGCCUUUCAGUAAUGGAAGGGAUGGAAAAUUCCUGGAUGAAGAACGUCUACUUCGAGAAUAUCCGCAGCCGAUGAGCAGAGGAGUUCCAUCCUUGGAGUUUCGCUAUAAGAAGCGCUUGUACAAACAGUCCAGCAUUGAUGAAAAACAGAUUGCCAAACUCCACACAAAGGGUAGUCUUCGUAAAUUUAUGGAUUACAUUCAGCACUGCUCUGUAGAGAAAAUCAACAAGAUGCUGGAUCGAGGGCUGGAUCCAAAUUACCACGACCCCGACAAUGGAGAAACUCCUCUAACGCUGGCUUCACAGAUAGACAAUAGCAUAGAAGUCAUUAAAGCUCUUCGCAAUGGCGGAGCUCACCUGGAUUUCCGAAGCAAGGACGGAAUGACGGCUGUUCAUAAGGCUGCGCGGGCAAAGAUCCAAGCUACUCUCGUGACCUUGCUAGAGCUGGGAGCGUCCACUGAUUACAAGGACAGCCGUGGUCUGACUCCAUUGUACCACACAGCCAUGGUGGGAGGAGAUCCAUAUUGCUGUGAGUUACUGCUUCACGAACACGCCAUGGUUGGAUGCAAGGAUGAAAAUGGCUGGCAGGAGAUUCACCAGGCUUGUCGGUACGGCCACUUCCAGCACCUGGAGCAUUUACUGUUUUAUGGAGCCAACACAGGCGCUCAGAAUGCUUCUGGGAACACCGCACUGCACAUCUCUGCACUCUACAAUCAGGAUAGUUGUGCUCGGGUUCUGCUUUUUCGAGGAGCUAACAAGGAGAUAAAAAAUUACAACAGCCAGUCUCCAUUCCAGGUUGCUAUAAUUGCUGGAAAUUUUGAGCUUGCUGAAUUUAUUAAAAACCACAAAGAAACUGAUAUUGUGCCAUUUAGGGAAGCACCCAGUUACUCACGAAGGAGGAGGGGGCCGCAGAGCACCUUGACAGCACCCAGAAUCCUGCUGCGCUCCAACAGCGAUAACAAUCUCAACGUGAACAACAUCCCCGAGUGGUCAUCUGCCUCGUCAUCUUUACACCGCAGCCUCUCACCACAGCUAGUGCAACAGAUGCAGAAUAAUCCUAAUGGCACUGUAAAAACUAUUGGGAGCUAUGCCCAGGUACCACGGAGCCGCUCGCCAUCGCUAAACCGCUUGGGGGAUGAUGCAAAAAGACAGCAGCACAGGCACAUCAGCCCUGGUGCCAACAAAGAAGCUGUGUCUACAUUGGAUUAUCAAGGUCCAAAACGCAAAUUGUACAGUGCGCUUCCCGGGAGACAUUUUAUUGUGGUGAAACCGUAUCAACCUCAAGGAGAAGGAGAGAUUCCCCUUAUUAAAGGGGAUAGGAUAAGAGUUCUGAGCAUUGGAGAAGGGGGAUUCUGGGAAGGAAAUGCCCGGGGUCAUGUGGGGUGGUUUCCAGCCGAAUGUGUGGAGGAGGUUCAGCCCAAACCAAGCGAUGGACGUCCAGAAACACGCACAGACAGAACGAAAAAAUUGUUUCGCCACUACACUGUGGGAUCGUAUGACAGCUUUGAUGCUUCCAGUGACUGCAUUAUUGAAGAGAAGACCGUGGUACUCCAGAAAAAAGACAAUGAAGGUUUUGGAUUUGUACUCAGAGGGGCGAAAGCUGAUACACCUAUUGAGGAAUUUAACCCAACGCCCGCGUUCCCUGCCCUGCAGUACCUGGAGUCGGUGGAUGAGGAUGGAGUUGCAUGGCAAGCUGGCCUGAGAACUGGAGAUUUCCUGAUUGAGGUAAACAACGAGAAUGUUGUCAAAGUCGGCCAUAGGCAGGUGGUUAAUAUGAUCCGGCAAGGAGGCAACCACCUUGUUCUUAAAGUUGUGACAGUGACUAGAAAUCUGGACCCAGAUGAUACAGCCAGAAAGAAAGCACCUCCACCUCCAAAAAGGGCUCCAACUACUGCACUGUCCUUGCGGUCAAAAUCAAUGACCUCGGAGCUUGAAGAACUUGCAGUGGAUAAAGCCUCUGUACGGAAAAAGAAGGAUAAAACAGAGGAGAGUGGGCCUACAUCGAAGCCCUUGAGACCAGUGGAUAACGUGCCACUAGACUCCCGAAUUGCCACAAUUAAGCAGCGUCCAACUGGUAGAUGCUUCCCUCCUGCUGCAGAAACAAAUUCAAUGUAUGAUAGGCAGGGUAUCGCCGUAAUGCCACCUGCUGUUCCAGCAAGUCAGCAAGGUCCUUUUCUCGGUAUACCCCGUGGCACAAUGCGAAGGCAAAAAUCUAUAGACAGCAGAAUCACUCUGUCAGGAAUAACUGAAGAAGAAAAGCAGUUUUUGGCACCUCCUAUGUUGAAGUUUACCCGAAGUCUAUCCAUGCCAGAUGCAUCUGAAGACAUUCCUCCUCCACCAGCGACAUUACCUCCUUCUCCACCUCCACCUUCACCGUCACAAUUCAAUUCACCGAAGACUCCAACAACUAGAGGAUAUGGUACCAUCAAGCCAAUAUUCACACAAAAUGCUGGAACCAGGUCUCCCUCACCAGCCAUCCGAUCAGAUAAUAUGGGGACAAUGGCUAGAGACAGAGGCAUGUAUUACAGACGUGAGUCUGACCGGUUUUCUUUAGACUCAGAGGAUCUUUACAGCACCAGUGUUUCAUCCCAGAAAAACUUUGUAAACAAGAGAGGGCAAAUGCCAGAAAAUCCAUAUUCAGAAGUUGGAAAGUUGGGAAACAAAGGUGUAUUUGUUCCGGCCAAGCCUGCCAGACGAAAGGGGAUGCUAGUAAAGCAAUCCAAUGUGGAGGACAGUCCUGAAAAAACUUGCUCCAUUCCCAUUCCAACCAUCAUCAUUAAAGAACCUUCAACCAGUAGCAGUGGGAAGAGCAGUCAGGGAAGUAGCAUGGAGACAGAUCUCCAAACCUCAGAACAAACUGGUCAGCUGCGGCCAGAUGACAAUCUAAAUGUGAGCAGCCCUUUUGCAGCAGCAAUUGCCGGUGCAGUAAGAGACAGGGAAAAAAGACUAGAAGCAAGACGCAACUCACCGGCCUUCUUGUCUACAGAUCUGGGAGAUGAGAGUGUAGGACCUACUCCUAGCCCAAGGUUGCGGCACUCUAAAUCCAUUGAUGAGGGUAUGUUUUGUAAUGAGGAGAGCUUUAAGCACUCCAUGGGUCCAUCCUCACUGGUCAUACACAGAUCUUCAAAUGCCUUCAGUAAUCAUGAAUCCAGCCAUCAAGGAGAAAUAAACAAUGCAAGGAUGUUAACCGGGAAAGGGCAGGAAAACAAUGCAAAAUCUGCUAAAGGGAUUGGUGUGUCAGGCAAUUACAUGCAUCCAGUCACAGGAAAGUUACUAGAUCCUAACUCACCUCUGGCUCUUGCCUUAGCUGCUAGGGAUAGGGCUAUAAAAGAACAAAGUCAGCCCACCCCCAGCCCCACUGAACCCGACAAAGCAGAUCUUAACAAGCCACUUUAUAUUGAUACAAAACUGAGACCCAGCCCUGACAAUUCAUAUUCAACUACAGCAACACUCAGUACAAGUAGGCAGAAUCAACGAGGGGUCUUAAAAAGGCAGGAGACUGAAAGUAAACCUGAACCAGAAGUAACAAAAGAGGAAAAAUGCCAUGAGGAGAAAAAGAACAUGUUAAUAAAUAUAAUGGACACCUCUCAGCAGAAGACAGCUGGGCUGCUCAUGGUACAUACAGUGGACACGACCAAAGCAGAUGAUGUUUUAAGUGAGAAUGAACAAGUGGAGAAAGAACCAUCCCCAGAUGAUCUAAGCUCUAAACCCCCAGAACUCCCUGAAGAGAUAGAAAACACCUUGCCCAAAACCAGUGAUUCUGGUCUCCCCGCACCUCCUUGCAAAGCCAUUAUAACUGUCUGCUCAGUGGAUGAACCAGUAAUUUUACCUUUCCGAAUCCCACCCCCACCUUUUGCCUCAAUAGAUGUGGAUGAGGAUUUUAUCUUCACAGAGCCUCUUCCGCCUCCUCUGGAGUUUGCCAAUAGUUUUGACAUUCCCGAAGAUGCCUCUGCAAUGCCAUCCUCUACUCUGGCAGACUUGUUGAUGCAGAGAAAGAAUGGAAAUUUCCCACUGAAUAUGUUUCAUCCCAAUGUUGCCUCUAACUCUUUAGAAAUGAAAAAACCCAUAGGUAUGUCCAACUGCCUACCCGCCUCAUACCUGCCGCACCCCGAAAGCUUUGACAAUGUCACAGACUCUGGGAUUGAGGAGGUGGACAGCCGCAGUGGUAGUGAUCAUCACUUGGAGACGACAAGCACUAUUUCCACCGUCUCAAGCAUAUCUACCUUAUCAUCCGAGGGUGGAGAGAAUCUGGAUACAUGUACAGUCUAUGCAGAUGGGCAAGCGUUUCUAGUGGACAAACCCCCAGUACCUCCAAAGCCAAAAGUCAAGCCCAUAAUCAACAAAAGCAAUGCACUUUAUAAGGAUGCUGUCCAGGAAGAGAACAUAGACAAUUUUGUUAUACCCCCUCCAGCUCCUCCACCUCCACCGCCUAUAGGGAUGCACCCCAACAUGCCUAAAGCUGGGCAACCAAGGACCUCAAAACUGUGGGGCGAUAUCACAGAGGUUCAGAGCCCAGUUAUGGCAAGCCCCAAAGCCAGUGUCAUUAGUGAAUUAAAUUCCAUUUUGCAACAAAUGAACAGAGAAAAGGCUGCAAAACCAGGUGACGGUUUGGAUUUAUCCAGUGGAUUGAAAAUCGGAAAUCUCAGCACAAGGGGUGCAGAUGCUUUGAGUACCGUCUCAGGUAACAGAAAUACCACAGUCACUUUCACCAUCCGCCCUGGGGCUAACCAGCCAAUCACCUUACAGAACAGGACGCCCGAGUUUGACAGCAGAAUGGCAGGGAUGAGACGGGCCCCGAGUCCAGUAGUAUGUCCAGCUGAAAUUACCAGAGAUAUUAAGCCUGGUCCGCUGUCAGCACCACCAUCUUCCAUGUCGGAUGUUUUUGUAUUACCUACCCAACCACCCAGCGGGGACCUUUUUGGCAUGAGCAUGGGAAGGAGCAGGUCCCCCUCUCCUUCUAUUUUACAGCAGAUUUCUAACAAGCCUUUUUCCGCAAAGCCUGUCCACAUGUGGACUAAACAAGACGUGGCCGACUGGCUGGAAAGCCUACACUUAGGAGAACACAAGGAAAUGUUUAUGGACAAUGAAAUCGAUGGGACCCACCUACCAAGCCUUCAAAAGGAAGAUUUAAUAGACCUCGGAGUAACAAGAGUUGGGCACCGGAUGAACAUAGAACGAGCGUUAAAGCAGCUUUUGGACAGAUAAAAGUUACCUAGUGAUGCCUCCUCAACUCUUAUUUUAAGAUCCUCUUCUUUCUGGACUUUUGAAUUUCUUAGUGGGGCCCUUAAAAUGCUUAAAAAGGAAAUUUAAAUAUCUUUCUUUACUGCGAGUUUAAAUAGCUGUACAGAUCAUUUAUAAGCACAAUAUUUUACUGAGAUAAGUGGCUGGUCUACUGGGCAGCCUUUGUGCCACUUUAGUUCUAGAAAGAAAUACGGGGGG